GAGUCUUGGUGUAACGUUGGCAGCAGCAGGUGAAGCGGAAUAGGGAACGCGGCGAGAGGAGCAAGUGGAGGCAUUCCUGCCUUCUCCAGAAUCCUGCUGUGCCCUGAUAAGGGCAGGCUUUUCCGUGAGAGGAUAUUGAAUUGAAUAUUGAAUACAGUUGAAUACAGUUCCCUGUGUGAUACGGAUUUCAGUUUGUUGAAAUGAGCAGUCGUAAAUCAAAGAGUAACAACUUAAUACAAGCAGAAUACCUUUCACAGGUACAAAGAAUUUUACGUGAAAGAUUUUGUCAUCAGAGUCCACAUAGUAACCUAUUUGGAGUACAAGCACAAUAUAAACACUUAAUUGAGCUGCUAAAAAGAACUGCUAUUCAUGGAGAAAGUAAUUCUGUUCUCAUUGUUGGACCCCGGGGAUCAGGAAAGACCAUGUUAAUAAACCAUGCUUUGAAAGAACUAAUGGAAGUAGAAGAAGUGAGUGAAAAUGUAUUACAAGUUCACUUAAAUGGACUGCUGCAGAUCAAUGAUAAAAUUGCCUUAAAGGAAAUCACAAGGCAGUUAAAUCUGGAAAAUGUAGUUGGAGAUAAAGUUUUUGGAAGCUUUGCCGAAAACCUUUCAUUUCUUCUGGAAGCUUUAAAAAAAGGUGACCGGACUAGUAGUUGCCCAGUGAUCUUCAUAUUAGAUGAAUUUGAUCUUUUUGCUCAUCAUAAAAACCAAACACUCCUCUAUAAUCUUUUUGACAUUUCUCAGUCUGCACAGACUCCGGUAGCAGUUAUUGGUCUUACAUGUAGAUUGAGUCUCUCAGAAGAUAGGAAUGUGCGAGACGUGCUGCAGAAGCAUUUCAAUGUCAGCAAAAGCCUGCGGUCGUUACACACGCUGCUGAUGCUUGCUUUAAAUCGUGUAACACCAUCACACCCAUUUAUGACUGCAGCAGAUCUGAUGGAGGCAAACCAGCUGUGUAGCAUGGACUCUAAAGCAAAUAUUGUACAUGGUCUGUCAGUCUUGGAAAUCUGUCUUAUCAUAGCAAUGAAACAUUUAAAUGACAUCUAUGAAGAGGAGCCCUUUAAUUUUCAAAUGGUUUAUAAUGAGUUUCAGAAGUUUGUUCAAAGGAAGGCCCAUUCUGUUUAUAAUUUUGAGAAACCUGUUGUCAUGAAGGCCUUUGAACAUUUACAACAAUUAGAAUUAAUAAGGCCCAUGGAAAGAACAUCAGUAAAUGCACAGAGGGAGUACCAGCUGAUGAAACUACUUUUGGAUAAUACGCAAAUUAUGAAUGCUUUGCAAAAAUACCCUAACUGUCCUACAGAUGUUAGGCAGUGGGCAACAUCCUCCCUAAGCUGGUUAUGAAUAUAACCAUGGCUUCAGUUGUGGAGUUUCAGGCAUACUUCUCUAAAGAAUGUUGUCCUUCAACAAGAUAUGUUAUUACAUUUUCUUAUAUUUAUAAAAAUGUAUUUUUGUAUUUAUGGGAGACUGUUACACAUGUAGCAUCAUGGCUGUGCCUUGCCUUUGAAUCACGGCACACGAGCAGUUACAUGAUUUAUAAUUCCAGUAAUUUAGAUUAUGUUGUAGGUAGUUCAAAAAAAUAAAUAUGACUAUUUUAGGGAUUGAAUCAUAUGCUUAUUUAACACUUGUGAAGUAUUUAUGUGGUACAUUUGAAGAGUUCAUUUCAACCCAGCAGCCAGAUGUUUUUACAAACCUUAAACAAAGCAGUAAAGAAACAAUGGUAAGAGUUGAGGUGUAAUGAGUAAUCUUUUGGUCCUUUGGGAGGUGCUGCAGUUUUUCUGUAUUCAUGGAAAUUUGGGAUUCUGUCCCAGACCCAGGUCUUCUAGUUCAGGAGACUGAUCAGUUUGGCUAGAAGAUGGUUUACACGGAAGAAAAAAGCAAAAGGUUUGAACAUUUUCUUCCAGGCUUCUUAUAAUAUGGUACUCAUACCAUCUACAGAAGAAUCUUUUGUAGCAUGUUUUAAAAUGCAGAUUCUGGGGCCUGUUCUAGGGACUAGCAUUUGUCUUUCUGACACAGGCAGUUUAGGGGAUCCUGUGAACCCACCCCCACAGAUAAUGGAAAGUGUAUGACGAUGCUAACUAAACCUGCUUGUAUCAAAAUGUGGAGCCCUAGGAGGGAGGAACGUGGGGAUGGCAAAGCAUCAGGAAUCCAUGAGCUAAUGCUGGUAUAUGUUUAAAAUGAAAUUUAGUAAGCAUUUGUUACGUGUUAGUGACUUCAUUUAUUUAAAAAUAUUUGAUUGUCUAUUAUUUUCAUGGAAGGUUUACUAAAGACAGACUCCCUAUCCUUGUGCAGUUUGUAGUCCUUUUAACUGUCAAAGACCUUAUGAUAUUUAGUUACUGUUGUUUACAGGUGAGAAAACUAACACAGUAGUGGCCCUGUCCAGAGGAUUGACAGACCCUGGAAUUCAACUCAUUUCGUUGACACCAAAACUCAGUAAUGCGUUCCUUACCAUGUAUUUUUAAAAGUAUACUCUAAAAAACUAUUUACGUGGUUUUUAAGAAGUAUUGCGUUUAGAAUGGAAUAUGAGAUUUCUGUGCAUAAAAAUAGCUCUUUAGUAGUUGCAACCUGUUCUUUGUAUACCGGCAUUCUAAGUUUUCAGAUCACUGUCAUUUACUUUUCAGCAGUGUAUUAUGAAAGCUAAGGCUUGCACCCUGGUUCUAUGCAAUAGUCUACAGAUUUUUAGGAGAUAUUUUUAAAAAAUACUUCCCAUGGUGGCAUCACUAUUACCAGAAGCAAGGAUUUUGCACUUGAGCUAAGAUUGUCCCUUUAAAAAUUCUUCUCAACUGUUUAGAGAAGUACCCUCUGCUUAAAGGCACUGACCAUAAAAGCACCCAAAGAACUGGCUUGAAGAUUGCAAAUUUUUAUCAGCUUAAGAUGCCACUAAAAGUUUGAGAGCCCUCACCUGCCUUACAGAACAUCCAUCAAUAUCAGUGAAAGAGCUAUGAAACACACAAGAAAAAGUAGGUUAGCAGAAGUCAUACAAAUGAAGCACAUGCCUACAUUUCAAGGGCAUUUUUUUCAGAGGAAUGUUGAUGUACCCCUUUCCACAUUCCCUAAUACAGAGAAGCUAAAUAUACUUAAAAUUUUUUAAACUAACUUCAUCUCUUAAAUUGCUUAAACCAUCAUGAAUAAAAUAAAAACCAAAUCUGAAAAAGCCCUAGUAAAAAGCUUUCGAGAAUAAUGUAAACAAAUAUGGCUUAAAGAUAUUUUCAUUUACUAGAGGAGGAAUGUAGCCUGUUAACAGCACAAUCAAAAGACUGAAAACCAGGUGAGGAGGAAUGUUAGCGCCAUCAGUGCAGUUUUCACUCAUGUGAUUCCCUCCAGGUGCCCUACCAAAAACAGGAUCUUAUUAAGAAAAAAAGUCUUUCCAAUUUUGUGGACAUGCAUGUGAAUGACUCUGAGGAGUUAAGAGCUCUUGGUCCAAACUUACCACAUCAUAAUGCUAUAUGUGUUGAUUAUAUACUAUUAACUGUCUGAAGAAUCUGUUUUGCAGAACAACGCUGUGGAAACAGUUUCGGUCUUUCUGUAGAGAUUCCUUGCAGAUUCCACCAUGGUUUGCAUUUUCAUUUGGUUUUAGAAGACAACGCAGGUUCUUUCAAACCACCAUAACCUAACUGUUGCCCUUUCCUUCACCUUUACCCCCCCUCCCCAAAAUUGAGAAUCCAUGCGUGUGAACUGUGACGCUCAGUGUGACAAGGUAGGGCUCUUCCACCCCCACUUUCUUCGAAAGUCACAGGAUAAACAAAAGAAUUUGCAACACUAAAAAUGUAAAUGAAUGCUAGCUUCCUUGGUGAUCUCUCUCACCGAUUACCCUAAGUGAAAAUAACAGAAUUCUUCUGUUCAACUGGUAAAGUAGUUAUAGUUGGGAAGAGUAGUUUAUGUCUUUGAUGUCUAUUGCCUAAGCCACUUUUUUUAAAUCUCCGUAUGAAAAGACAAGGGAACUAAGGCCAUUUAGCCUCUCUUAAAAUUGGCAGGACCAACAUAUGUAGUUUAGUGGGAAUACAAUCUGCUUACA